GGCAUGUCGGACAACGCGCUCGCCCUCGACCAAGAGAUGCACAACUCGUCCUCGUCCAACGAGCAGCAACGGGAUGAGAAGAGCAAACCCCCAAGAUCCAUCCAAGGAGUGCGCUGGUUUCUUGUCUGCUUGGCCAUUUUCUCGUGCAAUCUCCUUUACGGCCUGGACAACACCAUUGUCGCCAACAUCCAGCCCCCCAUCAUCGCGUCUUUUGGAGGUGUCAACAAGCUGGGUUGGCUCGGCAUCGGAUUCCCUCUGGGUUCCAUCGCAAUCAUCUUGCCCAUCGGCAAGGCGUACGCCAUUUUCGAUGUCAAAUGGCUCUACGUCGGAUCGCUUACCAUGUUCGCGGCCGGCAGCGCCUUAUGCGGCGCUGCACCCAGCAUGAACGCACUGAUUGUUGGGCGUGUUUGGGCCGGAGCAGGAGGAGCGGGAAUGUACCUUGGGAAUCUAAACCUGAUCCAGACGUUGACGACACCGCGAGAGCGCAGCGUCUACAUGUCGGCCAUCGUGCUGGUGUACGGCGCGGGGGCCAUUCUUGGGCCGGUGAUUGGUGGCUCCUUGGCUGACAGCUCGAAAAGCGGAUGGCGCUGGGCUUUCUACCUGAACCUCUUCAUCUUCGCGGCAAUGGGGCCCAUCUAUAUCUUCUUGCUGCCAUCGAUCCAGCCUCGACCAGGCGUCAGUGUAUGGACGAAGGUGCGAACCCUCGACUGGGUCGGGGCUGUCUUGAGCUCUGCCAUUUACACCACCUUCGCCAUGAUCUUUACGUUCGGUGGCUCCAUCUGGCCUUGGGACGAUGGGCGCACAAUAGCAUUGUACGUGGUUUGCGCAGCCAUUACUAUUGCGUUUGCCGUCACGCAGUACUUUGCUUGGUUUACGACCAAAGAGAACAGACUCUUCCCCGGCCACUUUCUCUACAGCAGGACCUUGCUGCUGCUCUUCAUUUGCAGCGCCUGCCUUGGCGGCGCGCUGUUCGCCUGCAUCUACUACAUUCCGCUGUACUUCCAAUUCGUCCGGAACGACAAUGGCGUGCAAGCCGCAGUGCGUCUUCUCCCGUUCAUCUGCUUCUACGUAUUCAGCGUCGUCCUCAAUGGCGUCUUCAUGAUUCGUCUCGGCUACUAUAUGCCUUGGUUCCUGGCUAGUGGCAUCUUCACCACCAUCGGCGGCGCAUUGCUGUAUACCAGUACGGCUGAGAUGCCAGUUGCCAACGUCUACGGCUACACGAUCCUCGUGGGACUUGGUAUGUCGGCAUAUCAGGCCGCGUACUCGGUUGUGCCGACAAAGGUCAAACCGGACGAGAUCGCCGAGGUCAUCCAGUUCAUUAAUGUAGCGCAGCAGGGCAGUAUCUUGAUCGCCCUCACUAUCUGCAGCACCGUGUUUCAGAACGUCGCGUUCGAUAGGCUGGUUGCCAUCCUCGUCCCGGCUGGUUAUUCCACUACAGACGUCAGGGCUGCCAUUGCGGGUGCUAGAAGUACGGUUUUGCAAUCAGCACCGGCGGAUGUCCGACAGGCCGCUCUAGACGUGCUCGUCCAGGCUAUCGAUUACGCUUAUUCGCUUGUUAUCGUCUCAGGGGGCCUUAUGAUCAUAUGCUCGGUGCUCAUGAAGCGCGAGAAGAUUGUCAUGGACUUUGUGGCUGGAGGGUGAGGUAAAUGACCUUAAGGCAUCGCUUUGCUCCCCAGAUGCUCUCUUGAGACAAAUUCAUCAAAUCCGCCAAGUUUGCGCCGGCAAUGAAGUUUCUGCGAUAGAAGUUGGAGAGAGGACCUAGAAUUGAAACGUCCAUGGCGCCGUGGCUUUUACAACUCAUACAGUAAGGUCAUACUGUGGUAGAAUAGCAUAUUGCAUUUCCGGCGCGAUAUGGACAUCCGAAGGAUAGAAUUUUUUUAGUAGUAAUAAUGUUUGCUAAUAAGCUCUCGCUCGCUUCAAAUUAAAGAACUUUGAAACUUUUUCCAC